UAUUCAUACGCAUUUCAACGUCCAGACCACAAGAACCUCACGUACUCGGUUUUCAGCCACUAUUGCCUCUACUAUAUAAGUACGCCAAAAUCCCUCGAUCUCCAUUUAUCCCACUCGAUCGAUCCCCCGCCCUCUCCUCCCUUCUCUCUUUUGGCGAUCAUUCGACCUCGACUACUAUUUUGGUGAUUGCUGAUGGGGCGCAACGAUGGCCUUCUUUCGCGCAUCGCCACCAACGGCCGCCACGGCGAGGAUUCGCCUUACUUUGACGGCUGGAAGGCCUACGAGAACGAUCCCUUCCACCCGAGACAUAAUCCUGGGGGCGUAAUCCAAAUGGGACUCUCCGAGAACCAGCUUUCGCUGGAGUUAAUACGUGAGUGGAUCAAGAAUCACCCGGAGGCCUCCAUUUGCUCGGCGGAGGGCCUGCCGCAGUUCAUGGAGAUCGCCAAUUUCCAAGACUACCAUGGCUUGCCGGCUUUUCUGCAGGGAAUCGCGAAAUUGAUGGAGAAAGUGAGAGGAGGAAGGGUCAAAUUCGAUCCGAACCGCGUGGUGAUGAGCGGCGGAGGCACUGGAGCGCAAGAAACGCUCGCGUUUUGUCUCGCUGACCCUGGCGACGCCUUCCUCGUCCCAACUCCGUACUAUCCAGCAUUUAAUCGCGAUCUCCGGUGGAGAACGGGCGUCGAGCUCCUCCCGGUUCACUGCAAGAGCUCUAAUCACUUCAGAGUCACCAAAACGGCGCUAGAAUCGGCAUACGAGAAGGCGCGAAAGGAUAACAUCAGAGUAAAAGGAGUACUGAUAACCAACCCAUCCAACCCGCUCGGCACGACCAUGGAUAAACACACGCUACAGACCCUCGUGAAAUUCGUAAACGAAAGGAGAAUCCACCUAGUCUGCGACGAGUUAUACGGCGCAACCAUCUUUAGGGAGCCCAGGUUCGUCAGCAUCUCCGAGGUAAUAGAAGAGGACCCGAACUGCGACAAGAAUCUGAUCCACAUUGCGUACAGUCUCUCAAAGGACUUCGGCCUCCCCGGAUUCCGAGUCGGGAUCGUGUAUUCCUACAACGACACGGUGGUUAGUUGCGCACGCAGAAUGUCGAGCUUCGGCCUCGUCUCGUCGCAGACACAGCACCUACUGGGCGCCAUGCUAUCCGACGAAGAAUUUUUGGCAACAUUACUGACUGAAAGCGCGAAGAGGCUGUCGGAGAGGCACAGGAUCUUCUCUUCCGGCCUUGAGGAAGUCGGCAUCCGCUGCUUGGACGGCAAUGCCGGGGUCUUCUGCUGGAUGGACCUACGGCACCUCCUCAAAGAAGCCACCGAAGACGGCGAGCUCGAGCUGUGGCGCGUGAUAGUGAACAAUGUCAAGCUCAAUGUGUCCCCCGGUUCGUCGUUUCAUUGCGCCGAGCCAGGUUGGUUCAGGGUCUGCAUCGCGAAUAUGGACGACGACACGACGCGGGUCGCGCUUAAGAGGAUCAGGACUUUCGUGUGCCGCAUUAACAGGGCCAAUGCGGAGGCGAGGAUGGUGAAGAAGAAGAAGAAAUGGGAUAAUUCGGUCUUGAGAAUAGAUUUGCCGAGGAGGUUCGAAGUCGAGAUCAGCCGUAGCCCGUCCCUGAUGUCGCCGCAGUCCCCGCUUGUUCAUGCCACCACAUGAGCAUUUGCUGCUACAUACAUAAUCUUACUUCUGGAGUAGGAACUCCUGCUCGAUCUUCUUGUUUCCUUUUUUUUCAUUUUUUGGGAUGCAUGAAUUACGAAAAUUGACCGAAAUUCAUUCAUUCCAAUUAAGAAUAUAGAUGUAGGGCGAAGAAUGUUAGAAUUAAUUUAUUUCCUACAGAUAUACACACGCAAGAAAUAAAUAGAUCUGAUUAUGUUGGUUUAUCUUCUUGAACACUUGUAGUUUGCAUGUCAAUUUGGAUGGAAUAAUACUAUUGUUUCCGAAUCA